AUGUCGUCGACUAUCCCGUGGGCGCGAACUGGCUACAACUUGGGCGUCAUCCUGACUCCUUCUGUGGAUCGGGAAGGGAACCCAUGGCAUUGGCACGGCGGCACAGCGGCAUGGCGGUAUUGGCAUGGCACCUUGAGGCAACCUCCUCACUCGGACGUAUGA